AACGUAUUUGAAGUUGAAAGUGGAUGUUGCUACAUUUGUUGCGACUAAUAAAAACGGAAACAUUUACGAUCGGAAAUCGCAAAGGAAAAGCCUUAAUUAUAUAGCAAUAUUAUCGCGGUAUCGCAUGGAACAGAAAGUGCUGGCUGGCACGGUGAACACGGUGUGUGGAGCCGGGAUCUGGACGGUGCGUCGGGCGCCUGUUUUAUCCAGAAUCCUCCGGUUAACCAGCUUUUUAGAAGCUGAUCUCGGAGUAAAACGCACUUCCACGGUCAUCGCGCUUUUUAUUCGACUUCGCGGGGGGUUUCAGAAAUCGAAGUCUGUCGUGGUCAGUGCGGUGCCCUAGCCGGUGGAUUUAUUAUUAGCUGUAUAGGUAUUCGGUUUCUACCCUCCAGAUAACUGCUACGAUCUGGGAUUGCUGGGUAGCCGUUGCUGUGCUUGGGGGAUACAGUCUGCUGGAGCAGUGGAUCGUUUUCGCCUGAAAUCAGAGUCCGGGGUGCUUUGCGGUCACAUCUCCUCGUCUGCGGACUGUCAGGUUUCACGCAGCGGAGGAAUGACCCGCAGCAUGGAUCUGCGGAAAGCAUGGCCGCUGGCGGCUCUGUUGACCUUUUCGAAAGCGUGCCUAGUCGUCCGGAUACGGCUGGUAUAUUCCAGUCUGGCUGGAAUUUUUAAAACUAACCCGCCGCUUUGAAAUGUAUAGGAACUGGCUUUAUAUGGUUCGUGUGCUUUUGGGGGGAGGUGUCCGGCUUGUUAGGCGUGCCUUAUGUUCGCGCAGGAGGCGUGUAGAGCGUUUUUAUUGACUGAUCAGCUUUAACAAGCAUGCCAUAUGAAAUGAGUUGCAUUACAUGUUAGAAGUAUCAUUUACAUAAGUCUGUAUAGUUAGUAAUUCCUCGUGCACCCGGGAUGCACAUGUGUCGUGUAGCUUUUGGUGAUUUUAUAUACUGGGGGGUUGUGGUGUCAACGGUGUGCUCAUUGAUUUAAUUUCUCAAACCACUUUUUGACCUGUCCGCUCCUCAUCAUGUCCAGGUGAUUAAGCGACCCAUUUUCUUUGUGUGAUUUGUUGGCUUCCUUCUGGGAAAUAUCAGAGAUUAAUUGCCUUCUUUAAAUGUCCUAAAUAACUGCGAUUAACCUAAUUCACAAGUCGCCUUAGCGGAGAGUCAGCCGAAGCCGUACCUUUCCAUGUGUAAUGUUACUGGAAGUGGACGGUUUGAAGGUGAUUAUGGUAAGAGAUAAGAGUUAAGCAACGUAACACGUCACACCUGUGCAAAUGUGGAAAAGUCACACCAUCACAAGGCAGCUGUACUUGAUAUGUUUCCCCACUGGACUGAGAGUGUAGCCUCUUUGAAGGCCUUCUGUGCAUCAAAGGUAAAACUGACCUCAAGCUGUAGCCAUGGCCCGCGGGCACCAGAAGAUUCAGUCCCAGCAGAAGAACGCCAAGAAACAGGCUGAGGCCAAGAAGAGCAAAGGUCACGACCAGAAAGCGGCAGCCAAGGUGGCCCUGGUGUACACCUGCGCCGUGUGUCGGACACAAAUGCCUGAUCCAAAGACCUUCAAGCAGCACUUUGAAAGCAAGCACCCAAAGUCCCCCUUGCCCCCAGAACUUGUGGGUGUGGAGGCGUGAGAGGGUGGCUGUGCCGGGAUGUCAUCACAGGGGCCAUGGGCUGCCUGUCCUUAUCCUCCAGGUGUCGGUGGCACCUCCAGCCAUCCAGGACCCCUGCAGUCCAUGAACCAGCCUGGUGACGACCAUCUUGUCUCACUACUGUAUGACUAUACAAUCAGAUCGUUGCUUGAAAAUGAUCUCCACCUAUUGUCCACAGUCCAGUGCAAAAAAUAACAAAUGUUAAGGGAAAAUUAGCUGUCUUAAAAAGUUAGUUUCCAUUAAAGCGCUCUUUGUUUCUUUGCAGUCAAGGGGGUAUUUCAGGACAUUUGAAUGGUGCAUUUCAGUACAGAAGGCUUCCUAAAUUGUCGGGUAUUCUGAUACAGGAGUUCUGUAUAGCAGUUCUUGGUUCGCGUUUUAGUUCUUUUCCCUCUCGGCUUAAAGGUUCUGCUUUUUUCUGCUGUGGGGACUUUUUUUUUUUUUUAACGCUUUAACAAAUGUCUGCUGUGUAGAAUAUUACACGCAAGUAAAUGAUCAUGCCUUUAAAGUUGCAGCCCAAAUCAGGAAGUUGGGUUGCGUAAAAUUUGGGGUGCUACAGACCCCCCCCCCCCCCCCCCCCCCCCCUGUUAGUGUUCUCUGUUUGCUGUCCUGGCUUCUAAAUAAUUACUGUGAUGUGUGCGUGCGCAUCUGGUUUGGUAGAGCUGGCAUUCUUUUUUUAAUAGUUCAGUAGCUGUGAUUAUUUUAUUAUUUUGGUGGUAAGCUGCUAAUAUGAGUGAUUGGGGUAAAUUGAGAGGUUCCUGUCUCUAGCUGUGUGCAUUUCUCUUCCACAAUGAACCACUGGUAUAUGGCAACAAUGCUCUCUCUCAGAAGACUGGUCUGUUUAUUGCAAACCUUUUAUACAUUUGUAUUUUUGCCCCAAUGAUGUAAUAUAACAUUUUAAUAAAAUAUUAAUUUGA